AUGAUUGGCCUGGGCGAGGCAGCUGGCACCCUCACACCCAAACACAGGCCUGCAGAAGGACUCCUGGUUUUGUGCGAGUCCCUGGGUCUCAGGUCACUUCCUCGCUCUGUGCCUCUCAGUACCUCGGCUCUAUCUGUGGCGAGGAACCAGCUCUGCAACGUGGACCACCUACUUCGGCCCUUCUCUGACCUGCAGGAGCUGAGCCUCAGUCAUAACCUGCUGACCCGCUUCCCUCGCGGCCUGCCCUCAAGCCUGGAGGCCCUGCUGCUCCAAGAAAACCGCCUCACUUAUAUCACCUCGGGUGCCCUGCGACAACUGGGGAAUCUCACUCGCCUGGAUCUGGAAGACAACCGCAUCCGUGCCAUUCAACCCGGGGCACUACUGGUUCUCAACAAGCUGCAGGUCCUGACUCUGAAGGGGAACAGGCUUACAAGCCUCCCCCUGAAUCUUCCUCCAUCUCUGACCCAUUUAGACCUCUCUGCAAAUUGCAUCUCUGUCCUGGACCUGCCCUCGCUGUCUGCCCUGGUCAACCUGCAGGUCCUGAAGAUCAACAGCAACUGCCUGCGUUCAGUCCCAGAGAGCGCCUUUGAUGGCCUGCCACGUCUCAGAUCUUUGGACCUCACCAACAACCUGUGGGUGUGCGAGUGUGACAUCUUGUAUCUUUACCGCUGGCUCCUGAGUGGUCGGCGGAGGAUGGCCACAGACCUGGUGUGCAGCGAGCCGGUCCAUCUUGCUCACCGCCUGCUUCUUAACCUCUCUGUCAUGGCUAUCUGUCCUCGUGUCCUGAAGCCAAAUGAGAGGGGCCACCAACUGGACCUUAACUCUUCACUGGAAAGAAAGCCGAAGCCCAGAGGACCAAGCUCAUUUAAAAACAACAGGUAUUCGGGAAGCUCGUCAGGGCGAACAUCACAAGAAACCACUGUUGGACUUCUCUUCAAAGAUGUUCAUAAGACGUGUGUGAGGCUCAACUACUACUCUUUAGAGACCCUUACCUAUGAAGAGUGUUUGUCUCUAAAUAAAACACAAUCAGUCAGUCCACCCCAUUUCAAAGACACUACUCCUACCCCUGAUGAGCGACAGAAAUGCAGAGACAACAUCACAGGUCGGACCCCUCAGAAUAAUGCAACCUCAGCGGAUGGGACACAGUCUUUGCUCUUCACAAACAGAGAUGCCCUCUGGCCCACUCGCGACCCACAACAGGACUCUGCUGUGGUCAUUUCUCUGCUCGUUGUGUUAUGCGUAUUAGUAACUCUCCUAAUGCUGGCAGUGCUGCUGGUACUGAAAAAAGUGCUUUUGCGCCAACAGAGGGUGGCUCCGCUUAAUGUAGGAUCUGGUGGAUGA